AUGAAAAGUAACCUAAAGUCUAAAUUAGGUCCAAAAUUGGAAAGAAAAGAUGUGGAAAAAAAUAGAAGGAAUUAUAUGAAGAAUUUAUGUAAUCAACUUUAUUCAUUGAUCCCUUUUCCUAAUGCCUCUACCUCGAGCUCUAAGGAGACAAUGGCAGUGCCAGAUCAAAUAGAUGCAGCAAUUAACUACAUAGAAAGUUUGAAAAUGAAUUUGGAGAAGAACAAAAAAUCAACCCCUCAAAUUGAAUUCCAUGAAAUGGGACCAAAUAUUGUAGUGGUUUUAAUAAUUGGCUUAGAUAAUAUAGCCACUUUCAAUAAUAUUAUUAGAUUAUGCUAUAUGGAAGGUGUUGAAGUUGUGUCUACAAGAUUUGAACUCAAUGGGAACUCUACAAUACAAAUUUCUCAUGAAACUAAGGUAUUGUUUCUAAUUUCUUUAGGGUAUAUAUGUUACGUUUGGACCUGAAUCGAUUGAUAUUUGAAAUUUAUAGUUAAUUAAGUUAAACAAUAUAGUAUUCGAAAGUUGAAGUUAUUUUGGAUGACAUGAAAAAAUAUAUAGUAGAGGGUCGAUCAGAAGGUCAACCAAUAAUGUGUGUUUGUUUGGGCAAGUUGGGGAGUAAAGUACCAAGUCUUUUAUUUGAUAUAUGGAGGAAAGUUCCUU